GUCCCUCUCGUCCCCCGGCCUGGUCUUGGGCCCGAGCCCUUACCCGGGCCCCGCCCCCUCAGCGCGCAUCCCCUUCCACGCCCUAGAUGGGGGUGACAGCGGCCGAAGACCGGGAGGAGGAGGGGCUGGUCCAGGGAGGGGCCUCGUAUCCCCCGAGUGGCCCCCGCAGGCGCCUGUUGAAGCUCCGUGGUUCUUCACCAGCCCCCAUCCCAGAGCCAUCCUCAGAGUCUUCAUCCCAACCUCCGCCCCUCCCUGGCCUAGCUCCUCUCCUCCUCCACCAGCCGCUUUCUGGUUCUUGAGCCCCACCCCCACUCCAUCCUCAACCUGACCCUUUUCUUCUCCUUCUCGUCGUUCUCACCCCAUCCCGGUCCCUCUCAACCAUCCCCCCCUACCGCCAUCAGCCUGAACCUUUACCUCAGCUUCUCCAGUACUCCACCCCAAUCCCAAGCUGGCAUUGUACCUCCAGCGUGAUCCUUGAGUCCUCUCCAUCUUCUUGUCCUCCUCCUCCCUCCCCCACUGUCUCCCUCGCCCACCAUGCUGCUCCUGCUCAUUCAUCCAUUCAUUCCCUCCUCGUGGCUCACUUAACAGACAUUCACUGAGACCUCUGUGCAGACCCCAUGCUCCAGGCACAGAGAGCGUCAGAUCCCAUCCUGCCUUGGGGAGCUCAUGGGCUGGAGGGGGACAGACCCGAGGACAAGACCCAAGGAGAAAGUCGGGAUUACAGGGGCCCGCAGCACUGACAGCCUGGAUGGCCCAGGAGAGGGCUCCGUGCAGCCCCUGCCCCCUACUGGCGGGCCCAGUGUGAAGGGGAAGCCUGGGAAGAGGCUCUCGGCUCCUCGAGGUCCCUUCCCCCGGCUGGCUGACUGUGCCCAUUUCCACUAUGAGAAUGUUGACUUUGGCCACAUUCAGCUCCUGCUGUCUCCAGAACGCGAAGGCCCCAACUUCUCUGGGGAGAAUGAGCUGGUGUUUGGGGUACAGGUGACCUGUCAGGGCCGUUCCUGGCCAGUUCUCCGCAGCUAUGAUGACUUCCGCUCCCUGGACGCCCACCUCCACCGCUGCAUAUUUGACCGGAGGUUUUCCUGCCUGCCAGAGCUUCCCCCACCCCCGGAGGGUGCCAGGGCUGCCCAGAUGCUGGUGCCACUGCUGCUGCAGUACCUGGAGACCCUGUCGGGACUGGUGGACAGUAACCUCAACUGUGGGCCCGUGCUCACCUGGAUGGAGCUGGACAACCACGGCCGGCGACUGCUCCUCAGUGAGGAGGCCUCGCUCAACAUCCCUGCCGUGGCUGCUGCCCACGUGGUCAAACGGUACACGGCCCAGGCACCAGACGAGCUGUCCUUCGAGGUGGGAGACAUUGUCUCUGUGAUCGACAUGCCACCCACGGAAGAUCGGAGCUGGUGGCGGGGCAAACGAGGCUUCCAGGUCGGUUUCUUCCCCAGCGAGUGUGUGGAGCUGUUCACAGAGCGGCCGGGUCCGGGCCUGAAGGGGGAUGCCGACGGUCCCCCGUGUGGUGUCCCUGCUCCCCAGGGUAUCUCCUCUCUGACCUCAGCUGUGCCUCGGCCGCGUGGGAAGCUGGCUGGCCUCCUCCGCACCUUCAUGCGCUCCCGGCCCUCCCGGCAGCGGCUGCGGCAGCGCGGCAUCCUGCGGCAGAGGGUGUUCGGCUGCGACCUUGGAGAGCACCUCAGCAACUCAGGCCAGGAUGUGCCCCAGGUGCUUCGCUGCUGCUCAGAGUUUAUUGAGGCCCACGGGGUGGUGGAUGGAAUCUACCGGCUCUCGGGCGUGUCAUCCAACAUCCAGAGGCUGCGGCAUGAGUUUGACAGUGAGAGGAUCCCUGAACUGUCUGGCCCCGCCUUCCUGCAGGACAUCCACAGCGUGUCCUCCCUCUGCAAGCUCUACUUCCGCGAGCUGCCGAACCCCUUGCUCACGUACCAGCUCUACGGGAAGUUCAGCGAAGCCAUGUCGGUGCCUGGGGAGGAGGAGCGCCUGGUGCGCGUCCACGACGUCAUCCAGCAGCUGCCCCCGCCACACUACAGGACCCUGGAGUACCUGCUGAGGCACUUGGCCCGCAUGGCGAGACACAGUGCCAACACCAGCAUGCACGCCCGCAACCUGGCCAUCGUCUGGGCACCCAACCUGCUACGGUCCAUGGAGCUGGAGUCAGUGGGGCUGGGUGGGGCAGCGGCCUUCCGGGAGGUGCGGGUGCAGUCAGUGGUGGUGGAAUUCCUGCUCACCCAUGUGGACGUCCUGUUUAGUGACACCUUCACCUCCGCUGGCCUUGAUCCUGCAGGCCGCUGCCUCCUCCCCAGGCCCAAGUCCCUUGCGGGCAGCGGCCCCUCCACUCGCCUGCUGACGCUGGAGGAAGCCCAAGCUCGCACCCAGGGCCGGCUGGGGACACCCACUGAGGUCACAGCUCCCAAGACCCCAGCUUCACCUGUGGAAAGGAGGAAACGCGAGAGAGGCGAGAAACAGCGGAAGCCCGGGGGUAGCAGCUGGAAGACCUUCUUUGCACUGGGCCGGGGCCCCAGCAUCCCCCGAAAGAAGCCUCUGCCUUGGCUUGGGGGCACCCGCGCCCCACCGCAGCCUUCAGGCAGCCGACCUGACACAGUCACGCUGAGAUCCGCCAAGAGCGAGGAGUCGCUGUCGUCGCAGGCCAGCGGGGCUGGCCUUCAGAGACUGCACAGGCUACGGCGACCGCACUCCAGCACUGAUGCUUUCCCCAUGGGCCCGGCACCUGCUGGCUCCUGCGAGAGCCUGUCUUCGUCCUCCUCCUCGUCCUCCUCCUCGUCCUCCUCGUCCUCCUCCUCGGGGUCCUCCGCAGCUGGGCUGGGGGCACUCUCCGGUUCCCCAUCACACCGAACCUCAGCCUGGCUGGACGAUGGUGAUGAGCUGGACUUCAGCCCACCCCACUGCCUGGAGGGGCUCCGGGGGCUCGACUUUGAUCCUCUUACUUUUCGCUGCAGCAGCCCCACCCCAGGGGACCCUGCACCUCCCGCCAGCCCGGCCCCCCCGGCCCCUGCCUCUGCCUUCCCACCCAGGGCACCCCCGCAGGCCCUCUCGCCCCGUGGGCCUGCCAGCCCUGCCUCGCCCACCGCCCUGGACAUCUCAGAGCCCCUGGCUGUAUCAGUGCCACCCGCCGUCCUGGAGCUGUUGGGGGCUGGGGGAACACCUGCCUCGGUCACCCCAACGCCAGCCCUCAGCCCCAGCCCAGGCCUACGCCCCCAUCUCAUCCCCCUGCUGCUACGUGGAGCUGAGGCCCAGCUGAGUGACACCUGCCAACAAGAGAUCUGCAGCAAGCUGGCACUGCCUGGUCCCCGGGGAGCCCAAGGCCAGCACGGUCCUGGUGUGGAUUCACCACUGCUGCCCCCACCCCUGUCCCUCCUGCGCCCUGGGGGAGCCCCGCCCCCACCCCCCAAGAACGCAGCACGCCUCAUGGCCCUGGCCCUGGCUGAGCGGGCUCAGCAGGUGGCCCAGAGACAGAGCCAACAGGAGCAUGGGAGCACCCCAGCUGCUCCUUGCUCCCCUUUCCGCCGCUCACUGUCCCUGGAGGUGGGUGGUGAGCCCCCGGGGACCUCAGGGACAGGACCACCCCCCCACUCCCUAGCCCACCCGCGUGCCUGGGCUCCGGGACCCCCACCCUCCCUACCAAGGCAACCGACUGAUGGGAGCUUGGUGAGGAGCCAGCGGCCCACAGGGACCUCAAGGAGGGGGCUCAGAGGCCCUGCCCAGGUCAGUGUGCAGCUCAGGGCGGGUGGGGGGUACAGGGAUGCGCUAGAGACCACAGCCCAGUUCCCGUCUUCUGUCCCCUCACAGGUUCCUACCCCCAGCUGCUUCUCCUCAGCCCCCCGGGAGUGCCUGCCACCCUUUCUCGGGGUCCCCAAACCAGGCUUGUACCCCCUGGGCUCCCCACCCUUCCAGCCCUGCUCCCCAGCCCCAGCCUGGAGGAGCCCCCUGGGUGGCCCUGCCCCACUGGACAGGGGAGAGAAUAUGUACUAUGAGAUCGAGGCAGGUGAGGGCUCCUACCCUGGCCCCACCCGCUCCUGGAGUCCCUUUCGCUCCAUGCCCCCAGACCGGCUCAAUGCCUCGUAUGGCAUGCUUGGCCAAUCGCCACCACCCCACAGGUCCCCUGACUUCCUGCUCGGCUACCCACCACCCCCCUCCUGCUUUCCCCAUGACCAUCUUGGCUACUCAGCCCCCCAGCACCCUGCCCGGCGCCCCACCCGACCUGAGCCCCUCUAUGUCAACCUAGCCCUAGGGCCCAGGGGUCCCUCACCCGCCUCUUCCAGCUCCUCCUCCCCUCCUGCCCACCCCCGAAGUCGUUCAGACCCUGGCCCCCCAGCACCCCGCCUUCCCCAGAAACAGCGGGCCCCCUGGGGCCCCCACACUGCUCACAGGGUACCUGGGCCCUGGGGCCCUCCUGAGCCUCUCCUGCUCUACAGGGCAGCCCCACCAGCCUAUGGGAGGGGCGGCGAGCACCACAGAGGGUCCCUAUACAGGAAUGGGGGGCAAGGAAGAGAGGGGGCUGGUCCCCCACCCCCCUACCCCACUCCCAGCUGGUCCCUCCAUUCUGAGGGCCAGACCCGAAGCUACUGCUGAGCCAGAGCUGGGAGACGCCUCCCUUCCCCCUCACUGAUCUUGACCCAACCCAAACCCUUGUUUUGUAUUUUCUUGAGCUCCUGAUCCCUACCCCAGGUUUCUAACUUUGUAACUUGCUUCUGAUGUGGGUCCCUAACCUAUUAUAGCUUCCCUACCCUGGGCUGAAGGGGCUGUACCCAUCCUCCCGCCGUCCUCCAUCCUGGGGGCUCUUGCACAAAUCUGAGGGCUGGGCUGACACCCUGUCCUCCCUCUCCAGGAGACCCCAGCAUGCCCUGACCUGUGCACAGCGGGUGGGGGGACAGCUCCUUCCCUCCUCCCCAUACCCCGCUAAACCAUCUGACAAAAUUAAUGAAUAAAAAUGGUGAAAAUGUGGCUGCUAAUGUCCUGCUGAGCCCAGGCUCAGUGAAUAAAGAGGCAGAGACAGA